GCCAUACCUCGUUUGCCUGGAUUACCAGUUUUGCCACCGAGGUUCCACUGUAAAGACGCAAGUACAAGUUUAAUUGCGACUUGGAUCCUAACAAAUAUGAAACUUUUUCUUGUGAUUUCGUGCCUUUUGGCCGUAGCAGUAUCCGUUUCGGGUCGUCCCGGAGAUGCAAACUAUCAGUGUAAAAAAGCAGAUGUUGGAAAGUUAUAUCCUCACGAACGAAAUCCUCAGAGGUAUUACGAAUGUACCGGUAAAGGUCUCGAGUUGAAGAGAUGUCCAGGAGGAGAGUGGUUUAAGGAAGAAUGCCAGAAAUGUGUCAAGGCUGGAAACAAUCGCCCAAUCGGGGAUUGUGGGGAUGAGUCUGGAUCCGGGUCCGAUUCUGGAUCCGCUGAGGUUCCAGUCCCGGAAAGUUCCGAGGAAGCUCCAGCAAGCUCUGAGGAAGUGGUUCCUGCUCCAACUGACGCACCUGUCUCGGAAGAGAAGCCUUCGUCCGAGGAAGUUGCACCAGCCCCCGUAAGUUCGGAAGAGGCCCCAGCCAGUUCCGAGGAAGUUGUUCCAGCUCCAACUGAUGCACCCGUUUCGGAAGAAAAACCCUCAUCCGAAGAAGUAGCUCCAGCCCCAGAGAGUUCUGAGGAAGCCCCAGCAAGCUCGGAGGAAGUUGUUCCAGCUCCAACCGACGCGCCUGUCUCUGAGGAAAAACCCUCAUCCGAAGAAGUAGCUCCAGCCCCAGAGAGUUCUGAGGAAGCCCCAGAGAGUUCUGAGGAAGCCCCAGCAAGCUCGGAGGAAGUUGUUCCAGCUCCAACCGACGCGCCUGUCUCUGAGGAAAAACCCUCAUCCGAAGAAGUAGCUCCAGCUCCGGAGAGUUCUGAGGAAGCCCCAGCCAGUUCCGAGGAAGUUGUUCCAGCUCCAACUGAUGCACCUGUCUCAGAAGAGAAGCCUUCAUCUGAAGAAGUUGCACCAGCGCCUGAGAGUUCUGAAGAAGUGGUUCCACCCGUCUCAGAAGAAUCUGGGGAAGACGACUCUUGCCCCACAACCUGUACCGAGCACGGUCAAUACCUCGUGGAUCCAGACAGGUGCGAUGGGUUCAUCCAAUGCGUUUGGGGGGUCAAGCACUACCAGAACUGUUCCGAGGGGACCGUUUUCAACCCUAAUGUCCGCCCAGGACCAGUUUGCGAUUGGCCAUCUGCUUAUCACUGCGUGGGUAAACCCAAGUGUGGUACAGUUCCAGAGGAACCCGAGGUGAACGAAUGCGAAGGCAUAGUCUGCCCAGAAGAUCGGGAAGAUCAGUAUCGGCCGGCUCCAAACAACUGUGCCGGUUUCUGUCAAUGCAGCAAUUGGGUUCCAUACUUCCAUGCCUGCCCACCCGGCCUCCACUUCAACCCUACAAUAAACGUUUGUGAUUGGCCAGGAGAUGCUGGAUGCACAGCCGAACAGUCUUCCGAAGAGGAAGUACCAGUGUCUGAAAGCUCUGAAGAAGAGGUUCCUGUUCCAACAACUGAGGCACCCGUUGAAGAAUCAGUCGAAUCCAGCGAAGAAGUCGUUACCGAUCCACCAACGGAAGCGCCUGUCGAAGAACCUGUGGAAUCCAGCGAAUCCAGUGAAGAAGUUGUAACUGACGCUCCAACGGAAACACCAGUGGAAGAACCUGUCGAAUCCAGUGAAGAAGUUGUAACUGAUUCACCAGUCGAAGAGCCUGUCGAAGAACCUGUAGAAUCCAGUGAAUCAAGCGAAGAAGUUACUGAGCCACCAACCGAGACUCCAGUGGAAGAACCAGUGGAAUCCAGCGAAGAAGUUACUGAACCACCAACCGAGACUCCUGUCGAAGAACCUGUAGAAUCCAGCGAAGAAGUUACUGAACCACCAACCGAGACUCCCGUCGAAGAACCAGUGGAGUCAAGUGAAUCCAGUGAGGAAGUCGUCACCGAUCCACCCACAGAAGCACCUGUCGAAGAAUCUGUCGAAUCCAGCGAGGAAGUUGUAACCGAUCCACCAAAACCCAAUCAAUGCGCCAGCGUGGUCUGCCCGGAAGAUCGAGAGGUUCAGUAUUUCCCUGCUCCAAACACCUGUAACGGGUUCUGUCAAUGCAGUAACUACGUUCCACACUAUCAUGCCUGCCCCGACGAUCUCCACUUCAACCCUACAAUAAACGUUUGUGAUUGGCCAGAAGAUGCUGGAUGCACAGUCGGCCAAUCGUCGGAAGAGGAAGUCCCAGUUCCAGAAAGCUCUGAAGAAGUGGUGCCAACAACUGAAGCACCCGUUGAAGAACCUGUGGAAUCCAGUGAAGAAGUAACUGACGCGCCCAUCGAAGAACCUGUAGAAUCCAGCGAAGAAGUAACCGACGUGCCCAUCGAAGAACCUGUAGAAUCCAGCGAAGAAGUAACCGAAACGCCCAUCGAAGAGCCCGUGGAAUCGAGCGAAGAAGUUACGGAAACGCCCAUCGAAGAGCCCGUAGAAUCCAGCGAAGAAGUAACCGAAACGCCCAUCGAAGAGCCCGUGGAAUCCAGCGAAGAAGUAACGGAAACGCCCAUCGAAGAGCCCGUAGAAUCCAGCGAAGAAGUAACCGAAACGCCCAUCGAAGAGCCCGUAGAAUCCAGCGAAGAAGUAACCGACGCGCCUAUCGAAGAACCCGUGGAAUCCAGUGAGGAAGUCGUAACUGAUCCACCAACCGAAGCGCCUGUCGAAGAAUCUGUGGAAUCCAGUGAGGAAGUCGUAACCGAUCCACCAACCGAAGCGCCUGUCGAAGAAUCUGUGGAAUCCAGUGAGGAAGUCGUAACCGAUCCACCAACUGAAGCACCUGUGGAAUCCAGUGAAUCCAGCGAGGAAGUCGUACCUAAUCCACCUACAGAAGCACCAACGACAUCUGCACCUAAGGGAAAUUGUAACGACGUCGUCUGCCCAGCUGAUCGAGAGGAUCAGUAUCGACCUGCUUCGAUCUGUGGGGGGUUCUGUCAAUGCAGCAACUGGGUUCCAUACUACCAUGAUUGUCCCGCCGAUCUCCACUUCAACCCUACAAUAAAUGUGUGUGAUUAUCCAAAGGAUGCUGGAUGCACCGUCGGCCAGUAGACUAUUAACUUAAUUUAUGUAUAUACAUAUAUAUAACCUGCCUCCUUCAUGAUCUUUUUUAAUGUAACAAAAUUAAAUACUUUUGUCUAACUCUUUAUUUCUGAUUCCGUCCUUCAAUAAAUUCAUCAAUUUCUGCACUACU